CACUUCUGUUCUGGGCACCUCAUGGCUCCUACGUAACUUACUCGCCGGAGAAUUAUCUCCUGUUCCUGUCCGCUUCAGGACUCGUGUGACGCCGAUCUCUUGAAUCCGUCCACCUAUGGAUGUGGACCUGGCGUCUGGGCAUGUUUUUGUCUGUGGGUUCUAGUCCAUAGUUCUCAUCCAUGUCGACAAAUGGAAACCAGCUCCAUAGCACUUCAGACCAGGACGGUCUCAUCGUCAGCGCCAGUAUAAGUACCCAGAGAUAUCUCCUUGUUCCAGUCUGAUUUUUUUGGUUCUCCAGCAAGUUCUCUCCUGUCAUUCUUUCCCCCUCUACUUCCUCACCUUUUUACCUUCAUUCUUACCUUUUCCUUUCUAUCUUCAUCUUCAAGUUCGAUUCUGUGAAUCAACUACCAAUACAAUGGCCAACUUCAAGCUCUUCCUUGCGCUUGCCACCGUCCUGUCUGGACAGGCUCUGGCUGCGCCCACCGCUACCAGCAACGUGAAGCGUGCUUCCGCUGACGACGUUGCCUUCGGUUACGCCAGCCAGAACGGCGGCACCACCGGUGGUGCCGGCGGUACCACCACCACCGUCUCCUCGUACGCCCAGUUCACUGCUGCCGUUGAGGGCGACGAGAAGAAGGUCGUCUACGUUGACGGCACCAUCAAGGAGACCGCCAAGCAGGUCAAGGUCGGCUCCAACACCUCCAUCAUCGGAAAGGACGCCAACGCCAUCCUUGAGGGAUUCGGAGUUAUCGUCAAGGAGAAGGAGAACGUUAUCAUCCGUAACUUGGGUGUCAAGAAGGUCCUCGCUGACAACGGCGAUGCCAUUGCCGUCAACAAGGGCAACAACGUCUGGAUCGACCACGUCGAUGUCUCCUCCGACAUGGACCACGACAAGGACUACUACGACGGUUUGAUUGACCUGACCCACGCCGCCGACUUCGUCACCGUCUCCAACUCCUUCAUCCACGACCACUACAAGGCCUCCCUGAUCGGCCACUCCAACUCCAACGCCGACGAAGACACCGGCCACCUCCGCAUCACCUACGCCAACAACUACUGGUACAACGUCAACUCGCGCGCUCCCUCGUUCCGCUUCGGUACCGGCCACAUCUACAACAGCUACUACGAGAACGCCUCCGACGGCAUCAACACCCGUCUCGGCGCCCAGCUGCUCGUCGAGAGCAACCAGUUCGUCGGAUCCAAGAAGCCCCUCUACAGCGUUGACGAUGAUGGAUACGCUGUUUCCAACGACAACGACUUCGGUGAUGGCGAGAACACCGCCCCUGAGGGUACCCUUACCUCUGUGCCUUAUGAGUAUGACCUUGUUGGCUCCAGCAAGGUCAAGGCUGCUGUUGUUGGUACCGCUGGUCAGACUCUUACCUUCUAAAUGAAUGAGGGUCGACGGAUCGCUUUCCUUGGGAAGUGACAGUGUGAUGUGAUUUGCUGGUGGGAGGCAGUGGGGUUUUCGAUCGAGGAGGAUGUGAAUGUCGAGUGCUGGGUUGGUUGAUUCUUUGUACAUCUUUUUAUGCGCUGGAUCAUCGCUGUCAUUUAUUACUUAUUGCAUAGCUUGCUAUAUAGCCUAAUAUAGCCAAGUUAUCACUUGCUCGAUUUUUC